UCAGGACUGAAGGGGACCUACCAGGGCCUAACAGCCACUGUGCUAAAGCAGGGCUCCAACCAAGCCAUCCGUUUCUUUGUCAUGACCUCUCUGCGCAACUGGUACCGAGGGGACAAUCCCAACAAGCCCAUGAACCCACUGAUCACAGGGGUGUUUGGAGCUAUUGCAGGCGCAGCCAGUGUGUUUGGGAACACACCUCUGGAUGUGAUCAAGACCCGGAUGCAGGGCUUGGAGGCACACAAAUACCGGAAUACACUGGACUGCAGCUUGCAGAUCCUGAGGAACGAGGGACUCAUGGCGUGAGUAGGAAAGGGGCAGGACUGUUAUCC